AUGGGGCUCCUCAGGAUUAUGAUGCCGCCCAAGUUGCAGCUGCUGGCGGUGGUGGCCUUCGCGGUGGCGAUGCUCUUCUUGGAGAACCAGAUCCAGAAACUGGAGGAGUCCCGGUCGAAGCUAGAAAGGGCUAUUGCACGACAUGAAGUUCGAGAGAUUGAGCAGCGACAUACCAUGGAUGGCCCUCGGCAAGAUGUAGCUUUAGAUGAGGAAGACGACAUGGUGAUCAUUUAUAACAGAGUCCCCAAAACUGCAAGCACCUCUUUUACCAAUAUUGCCUAUGACCUGUGUGCAAAGAAUAAAUACCAUGUUCUUCACAUCAACACUACCAAAAAUAAUCCAGUGAUGUCACUGCAAGAUCAGGUGCGCUUUGUAAAGAAUAUAACUUCCUGGAAAGAGAUGAAACCAGGGUUUUAUCAUGGGCACAUUUCUUAUUUGGAUUUUGCAAAAUUUGGAGUGAAGAAAAAGCCUAUUUACAUUAAUGUCAUAAGGGAUCCUAUUGAGAGGCUAGUUUCUUACUAUUACUUUCUGAGAUUUGGAGAUGAUUAUAGACCAGGAUUAAGAAGACGAAAACAAGGAGACAAAAAGACCUUUGAUGAAUGUGUAGCUGAGGGAGGCUCAGACUGUGCUCCAGAGAAGCUCUGGCUUCAAAUCCCCUUCUUCUGUGGCCACAGCUCGGAAUGCUGGAAUGUGGGAAGCAGGUGGGCUAUGGAUCAAGCCAAGUAUAACCUGAUUAAUGAAUACUUUCUGGUGGGAGUAACUGAAGAGCUUGAAGAUUUUAUCAUGUUACUGGAGGCAGCUCUACCCCGGUUCUUCAGGGGUGCUGCAGAACUCUAUCGUACAGGAAAGAAAUCUCAUCUUAGGAAAACCACAGAGAAGAAACUCCCUACUAAACAAACCAUUGCAAAACUACAGCAGUCUGACAUUUGGAAAAUGGAGAAUGAGUUCUAUGAGUUUGCACUAGAGCAGUUCCAGUUCAUCAGAGCCCAUGCUGUCCGAGAAAAAGAUGGAGACCUCUACAUCCUUGCACAGAACUUUUUCUAUGAAAAGAUUUACCCUAAAUCGAACUGA